AUGGUUGUGCCAACUUACAAUAUCUCAAUGUUCCCUGAAUAUAAAGAUAUCUCCAAUAAUGGAGGUUUUGCAUCAGUGUACUGCGAAGAUGAUCCAAGAGCUUGCCAAAACACACCGUGGACUAUGGAUGGUGUAGACAUCCUUGAAUUCAAUUUUUACGCCCCAUUUUUGCUGACAAUGUUCAAUUUUCUUGUGCAGGUUCUGAAUGUAUUGUUUUUGAUCAAGAAAAAUUAUCUGAAAACUGGUCCAUUUUAUAAAAUAUUAUUGAUUUUAUCGAUUAGCAGUGUUUUUCGGUGCAUACAUAGUUUUCUGAAUUAUAGCAUUGUGGCAAUUUACAAAUCAGAUGCUGAAAUUUAUCAAAUUUCUGUUAGAAGUUCAAUGUAUAUCGAUUUCUUUUUCAAUUUUUUUCUAACAAUUCUAAUAUUCCUGAUGUCUCUCAAUCGAUGUUUAUGUUUUGUAUCGAAUUAUUGGAAUGAAAAAAUCUUCGAGGGCCAGAAAUAUAAGAUCUUGAUAUUCAUAGCAUUUUCAAUCGCAAUUCUAGCAACAAUAAUUGGUAUCAAAACCUCAGAAAUCAGAAGAUUAUUCUACGUCGAAGCUGGAUUCAUUGAUUACAGUCAAAAUUUAGAUGGCUACAAAACAAUGAUCGACAGAAUUUUCUACAUAUUUCCCAUUAGCUCUACAAUUUGCUAUAUAAUUUUGUUUCGAUAUCUGAGAAAGCAAUCGAAAAUGGUUCUAACAUCUCGGAACGCCGAGCAAAAAAUAUUCGCACAACUCUUGGUUACAGUUAUAUUCUACGGACUUAUUUGUAUAUUUUUUGAAGCUGUUGGGAUUUUAGACAACGUUUUGGAGAAUGAUGAAUUGAUUUUAUUGAUAUCCUGGCUGAAUAUUAUCAAUUACUUGCCUGAAAUCUCACUGCCUUUCAUGCUUUUGGUUUCAAAUUUUCAAUUUUGCAGGAAAUCAAUUAAAAUUGAGGCAAUUGUUAGUACAAUGACUUCAAACACUGUUAAAUGA